CUUUCUAUCCCUCAGUUGUUCCUGCUGUUUACACCAUUUACAUGGGAAAAGAUAAGUAUGAAAAUGAAGACCUCAUAAAGUACGGCUGGCCUGAAGAUAUCUGGUUUCACGUGGAUAAACUCUCCUCCGCACAUGUGUACCUUCGGUUACACAAGGGGCAGACGGUGGAUGACAUUCCUAAAGAAGUUUUGAUAGACUGUGCCCAUCUAGUGAAGGCGAAUAGCAUUCAAGGUUGCAAGAUGAACAACGUCAACGUGGUGUACACGCCGUGGACUAACCUGAAGAAGACGGCAGACAUGGACGUGGGGCAGAUCGGCUUCCACAGGCAGAAGGAUGUGAAAAUGCUGACAGUGGAGAAGAAGGUGAACGAGAUCCUGAACCGGCUAGAGAAGACAAAAGUGGAACGCUUCCCAGACCUGGCUGCUGAGAAGGAAGCUCGAGACAGAGAGGAGAGAAAUGAGAAGAAAGCCCAAAUCCAGGAGAUGAAGCGGAAGGAGAAGGAAGAGAUGAAGAAGAAGAAAGAGCUGGAAGAACUUAGGAGCUACUCGUCGUUGAUGAAGGCUGAGAACAUGUCCUCCAAUCAGGAUGGCAACGAUUCAGAUGACUUCAUGUAAAUAAAG